AUGCUGCAGCAGGCGUGGCGGCGGCAGCAACAGGAGGUCGGCAUGAAGCCGGCUUGGGCGCGAGUGCGAGGACCAGCAGGAGCGGUCAUCAUGUCCAUGAGGAGGGCGAGUUGGAUUUGGCCAGCAUGGCACACGUUCGUCACCAAGCAGGGCUACGAGCUGAACAUGGCGGAUGCUUGCCCCAUGGACGCUGCAGCUAUGUUGCGCAAAAACGUGCAGAGUAAGCUGUUGGAGGACUGGACCAAGGCCGAGGAGUACCAGAGCUUGAGCCCAGCGCCUUUGCUGGCGCCAGCAGCGAAGAAGGCGUUUCUGGGCGGGGCUUGGACGAUGGGCGAAGCAGUACGGACGGAGCACCACAGGUACUACAAGGGUGAGGCGCUCAGGGAGCAGCGGUUGCAGGCGCAGGCGGAGUGGCAGACCGUGUCGUCAGAAGCGGACUGCACCUUCGUGGGCAUCGGAGAGAACCAGUACUCCGGCCAGGUGGUACAGGGCGAUGAGGACUACUUCACGGGCGACAUCGCGUGCGACAGAUCAAAGCUGGGCUACAGCGAGUGGGUUCAGACUGGGUGGGCAGCUGUGUCACUCACGGACGAGGGCAGCGCGAAGAUGCAGCUGUGGGGACCGCUACCGUGUACGCUGCCAAUUCACAGGAGAGUCAAACGUUCGGAGAUGUGGGCUUUCCUGAAGGCGCUGGAGCGGAAGAUGCCGCCAGUUCGCAUCUACACGGACCACGAGGGUAUCCUUGAGGGCUUGCAGCAGGGCGAGCGGUGGUGUACGAGCUGGAAGAGGCCGCAUGCUGACAUCUGGAAGCGGAUCUGGCACCAGGUGAAGGACCUGGACUUGGACGUCGGGUGCGUGAAGCAUGUGAAGGCGCACAGGUCCAAGGCAAAGAUCGAGCAGUUGGAAGGCGACGGCCUGAAGAUUGCGAAGGGCAACAGAGAGGUGGGCCUGCUGGCAAAG